UUAUAUAGAAGAGAAGGGGAAGGAUAUUUGUUGCACCAAAGGCCAGGCGGGUAGGAACCUUUGACAUCGGAUCAGUUUGUUUCCGCACGGACAGUCCGGAACGCGACACAGUGGACGCCAUUGGGCGGGAGGUCUGCGGAGAUGGCGGCCGCCGAGUUGCUGAAGACAUUCCUGAUAAACUUCCUGCUCACCGAGCGAUGCUACGAUAAACUCCUCCUGGAGCUGAAUUUCCUGCAUGUUCCAUGUUUGAAAAUCCUCCUCAGCAAGAUCUUGGGGCUGGGCAUCAUUGCGGGAUCGGUGAUGGUGAAACUGCCGCAGAUUUUUAAAAUCCUCCGGGCAAAGAGCACAGCAGGUCUGAGUUUCAAGUCGGUCCUGCUGGAGGUGUUAGCCAUCACGGGCACCAUGACAUACAGCAUCAGAAACCACUUCCCCUUCAGCUCGUGGGGUGAGGCGCUGUUCCUUAUGUUACAGACCCUGACCAUUGGUUUCCUGAUUCAGUACUACGCUGGCCGGACAUAUCAAGGCACGAUAUUUUUGCUCAUUUACUCUCUUCUGCUCGGGCUCCUGCUGUCAUCUAUCACCCCACUGGUGGCUGUGGCCUUCCUCCAGGCCCUCAACAUGCCUGCUGUCAUCGUCAGCCGGUUGAUCCAGAUCAUCACCAACUACAGGAAUGGGCACACGGGGCAACUGUCAUCCAUUACUGUGUUCCUGCUCUUUGCUGGCUCCCUCGCCCGCAUCUUCACCUCCAUACAGGAGACAGGGGACUCGCUGCUGAUCCUCACCUACGUGGUCUCAUCCUUCUUCAACGGGGUAAUUGCUGCCCAGCUCAUCUACUAUUGGGGCAUCCACCCAGAGAAGGUCAAGAAGGCCGAGUAACUCGAGGAGGAGUGGUACUGGAUCCAAAAUCACACACACACACACACACACACACACACACACACACACACACGCGCGCACACGCACACGCACCCACACGCACAUGCACACACACACCACUGCCCUGGAGACAGGGGCAUAUCUCAAUCAAUGAUACAAUCCUACACACUGACCUUCACUGGGGAAUGGGUCCCAUGUACACACACUGACCCUGACUGACAUGUGAGAAUGGCAGGUAAUGUUUAAUUGGGGUAAUCCACACCCUGACUUACUGGUGCCCCAGUUAACCUUUCAGGAGCUAGGCUCACCACUAAGUUGGGGGCUUUUGAGCUUGUACGUAAGUGGGUGUUCUUGUUUCUACAACCCACCUCUUGGGCGUUCCUCUCCAUUACAGGGGAGAGUGGGCAGUUGCUGUUGAGAGGAGCUGUAUCAAUGUGUAUGAGGGUGAGAGUGCGUGAUGACAUUGGCACACUUAAUCAGGGACCAGGGCAAUACACCCAUGUUGGGACAAGACUGAAAUUCUCCGUUACAUACCUCUCUCUGUCCCAGUGGGUCUGAAUCGAUCACUGUUUUGUCAAUGCUGUCUGUAGAUUAAUUAUGAUUAAAACCAGAUUUUCUUGUCCA